AUGGAAUGCCCAGACUGUAGUUCGGGGCCUUUCUACGUGUAUUCUGCUCUAGAAUCGCAUAGAGGUAGUGCGGCUUGCAGAAUAGCUGCUGCAUCCAGAGGCGCAGAGGCGUCAGAUUCCCCACCAAUCCAACCUCCCGCUCAACGUCGGCGCGUGUGGAGUCCUUCCAGCAGUGAAAACGUAUUCGUACCACCUACGUUUGAUGAGCCAGCCGAUGAGGACGGUGUAGAUGCGGCAGCCGCUCGUGCCGCCGAUGAUCCCGAGGCAUUCAUGGCACGCAUGAGUGACUCGAGUGGGAUCGACGAAUCCCACUCUACCUCUCCCUGCCAUUCCUUCUCUCCCCUGCGCUUCCCUCUCGCGCCUUGCCCCGCAUUCUGGUUUUCCAGUCCCACUCUACCUCUCCCUGCCAUUCCGUCUCUCCCCUGCGCUUCCCUCACGCGCCUUGCCCCGCAUUCUGGUUUUCCAGUCCCACUCUUCCUCUCCCUGCCAUUCCGUCUCUCCCCUGCGCUUCCCUCACGCGCCUUGCCCCGCAUUCUGGUUUUCCAGUCCCACUCUACCUCUCCCUGCCAUUCCUUCUCUCCCAUGCGCUUCCCUCACGCGCCGGGCCCCGCAUUCUGGUUUUCCAGUCCCACUCUACCUCUCCCUGCCAUUCCUUCUCUCCCCUGCGCUUCCCUCUCGCGCCUUGCCCCGCAUUCUGGUUUUCCAGUCCCACUCUACCUCUCCCUGCCAUUCCGUCUCUCCCCUGCGCUUCCCUCACGCGCCUUGCCCCGCAUUCUGGUUUUCCAGUCCCACUCUUCCUCUCCCUGCCAUUCCGUCUCUCCCCUGCGCUUCCCUCUCGCGCCUUGCCCCGCAUUCUGGUUUUCCAGUCCCACUCUACCUCUCCCUGCCAUUCCUUCUCUCCCAUGCGCUUCCCUCACGCGCCUUGCCCCGCAUUCUGGUUUUCCACUCCCACUCUACCUCUCCCUGCCAUUCCUUCUCUCCCAUGCGCUUCCCUCACGCGCUGGGCCCCGCAUUCUGGUUUUCCAGUCCCACUCUUCCUCUCCCUGCCAUUCCUUCUCUCCCCUGCGCUUCCCUCACGCGCCUUGCCCCGCAUUCUGGUUUUCCAGUCCCACUCUACCUCUCCAUGCCAUUCCUUCUCUCCCCUACGCUUCCCUCUCACGCCUUGCCCCGCAUUCUGGUUUUCCAGUCCCACUCUUCCUCUCCCUGCCAUUCCUUCUCUCCCCUGCGCUUCCCUCUCGCACCUUGCCCCGCAUUCUGGUUUUCCAGUCCCACUCUACCUCUCCAUGCCAUUCCUUCUCUCCCCUACGCUUCCCUCUCACGCCUUGCCCCGCAUUCUGGUUUUCCAGUCCCACUCUUCCUCUCCCUGCCAUUCCUUCUCUCCCCUACGCUUCCCUCUCACGCCUUGCCCCGCAUUCUGGUUUUCCAGUCCCACUCUUCCUCUCCCUGCCAUUCCUUCUCUCCCCUGCGCUUCCCUCUCGCACCUUGCCCCGCAUUCUGGUUUUCCAGUCCCACUCUACCUCUCCCUGCCAUUCCUUCUCUCCCCUACGCUUCCCUCUCACGCCUUGCCCCGCAUUCUGGUUUUCCAGUCCCACUCUACCUCUCCAUGCCAUUCCUUCUCUCCCCUACGCUUCCCUCUCACGCCUUGCCCCGCAUUCUGGUUUUCCAGUCCCACUCUUCCUCUCCCUGCCAUUCCUUCUCUCCCCUGCGCUUCCCUCUCGCACCUUGCCCCGCAUUCUGGUUUUCCAGUCCCACUCCUCCUCUCCAUGCCAUUCCUUCUCUCCCCUACGCUUCCCUCUCACGCCUUGCCCCGCAUUCUGGUUUUCCAGUCCCACUCUUCCUCUCCCUGCCAUUCCUUCUCUCCCCUGCGCUUCCCUCUCGCACCUUGCCCCGCAUUCUGGUUUUCCAGUCCCACUCCUCCUCUCCAUGCCAUUCCUUCUCUCCCCUACGCUUCCCUCUCACGCCUUGCCCCGCAUUCUGGUUUUCCAGUCCCACUCUUCCUCUCCCUGCCAUUCCUUCUCUCCCCUGCGCUUCCCUCUCGCACCUUGCCCCGCAUUCUGGUUUUCCAGUCCCACUCUACCUCUCCCUGCCAUUCCUUCUCUCCCCUACGCUUCCCUCUCGCACCUUGCCCCGCAUUCUGGUUUUCCAGUCCCACUCCUCCUCUCCAUGCCAUUCCUUCUCUCCCCUACGCUUCCCUCUCACGCCUUGCCCCGCAUUCUGGUUUUCCAGUCCCACUCUUCCUCUCCCUGCCAUUCCUUCUCUCCCCUGCGCUUCCCUCUCGCACCUUGCCCCGCAUUCUGGUUUUCCAGUCCCACUCCUCCUCUCCAUGCCAUUCCUUCUCUCCCCUACGCUUCCCUCUCACGCCUUGCCCCGCAUUCUGGUUUUCCAGUCCCACUCUUCCUCUCCCUGCCAUUCCUUCUCUCCCCUGCGCUUCCCUCUCGCACCUUGCCCCGCAUUCUGGUUUUCCAGUCCCACUCUACCUCUCCCUGCCAUUCCUUCUCUCCCCUACGCUUCCCUCUCGCACCUUGCCCCGCAUUCUGGUUUUCCAGUCCCACUCUACCUCUCCCUGCCAUUCCUUCUCUCCCCUACGCUUCCCUCUCACGCCUUGCCCCGCAUUCUGGUUUUCCAGUCCCACUCUACCUCUCCAUGCCAUUCCUUCUCUCCCCUACGCUUCCCUCUCACGCCUUGCCCCGCAUUCUGGUUUUCCACUCUUCCUCUCCCUGCCAUUCCUUCUCUCCCCUGCGCUUCCUUCUCGCACCUUGCCCCGCAUUCUGGUUUUCCAGUCCCACUCCUCCUCUCCAUGCCAUUCCUUCUCUCCCCUACGCUUCCCUCUCACGCCUUGCCCCGCAUUCUGGUUUUCCAGUCCCACUCUUCCUCUCCCUGCCAUUCCUUCUCUCCCCUGCGCUUCCCUCUCGCACCUUGCCCCGCAUUCUGGUUUUCCAGUCCCACUCUACCUCUCCCUGCCAUUCCUUCUCUCCCCUGCGCUUCCCUCACGCGCCUUGCCCCGCAUUCUGGUUUUCCAGUCCCACUCUACCUCUCCAUGCCAUUCCUUCUCUCCCCUACGCUUCCCUCUCACGCCUUGCCCCGCAUUCUGGUUUUCCGGUCCCACUCUUCCUCUCCCUGCCAUUCCUUCUCUCCCCUGCGCUUCUUUCAAUAAUCUGGCCCUACUCUCAAAGCCUUUUUCCAACCCCCCAACAGGAUCGCCUCGGCAUCGACGACGUCGUUGCCACUCUCAUUCUCUCGUCGGAUGAGACAAUAGCUGACGGCAGAGGAAAAGCUAAGGGGCAUCCCAUCUACAUGUCAUUGGGAAACAUUCAUCAUGAGGAUCGCUGGAAGCCAUACGGGCAUGCGCUCAUUGCAACGUUACCGGAGUUUCCGGCGGAGUACACGUCGGUUGACCGACUGCAGAUCUUCCAGUAUGUCUUGCACCUCGUUCUUCAACCAUUGAAAGAUGCUUCACACGUGUAA